AUGACAAGUUCAAGUGGAUUAGGCGCAUAUAACAGAUUAAAUUGUUGUGCUCAUAUGCUUAAUACCGUAUUAAGACAUGUUUUUGAUUCUAAGUUUUUAGAUGCUGAAGAUGAAAACAAUAGGAAAUUGUUGGAACCUGUUACCAAACUUCUGUCAGGAGCUAAAAGCUUUGUGAAAUUCAUGAAAACUUCUGGAGAAGUAAAUAAAUUAUCAAAAGGUUUAAUUCAAGAAGUGGAAACAAGAUGGAACACAAGGUUGGCAAUGCUACUAUCAAUACAUGAGCAAUGGGAUGAAAUUAUUAACGAGUAUGGUGAAAAUUUUUGGCGACUUCAAAAUAUAGAUAUUGAAUUACUCAAACAAAUUACUGAAUUUCUCAAACCAUUUAAGACUGCUUCUGAUGAAUUGGAAGGAGAUAUUUAUCCUACUAUACACAAAGUUCUUUUAUACAAAGUUGUUCUUGAAAAACAUAUUAAUAAGUAUUGUAACUUGGAAGAAGAUAUAUAUGAUUCGUCAGUAGAAUUAAAUUCAACAUCCAUAGUCAAAAAACUAGGAAUCCGCGCUAGAGAAAUAUUUAAUAAAAAAUUCAUUAUAAACAGAACACAUGAAAUGGCAUGUUUUCUUUGGCCAAAUUUUAAAAAACUGAAAAUGGUGUCUGACGAGAAUGAAAAGAAAAGGAUUCUAAACAAUAUCAAGUUAGAGCUUCUAAAAAUGGAAAUAGCACAAGCACAAAAUGACCAAAAUGUAGAGAGUGAAUCAAUCGAAGAUACUGCAGCUCUGAAUAUAUCACAGUUUUCUGAAUGGGAAGAUGAUGCACCAAAACCAAAACAGUCAUAUGAGCAAGAAAUGGAUAAUUAUUUAACAUGUUUUGUAGGUAACAAUGUUGAUACUGACAUACUCAAUUUUUGGAAAAGUCAAAAUGAGAAAUUUCCAUUACUCUCUCGGUUAGCACGCCAAACUCUCUGUAUACCAGCAUCUAGUGCAAGUAGUGAACGAGUGUUCAGUGUUUCAGAGAGAAUAAUUGAAGAACGUAGAAGUCGUCUAAAAGGAGAAACAGUCGACUCACUUGUAUUUCUACAUGACUUCUUUAAAAACAUAAAAUUUCUAAUAAAUUUGGUUUAUAUGGAGUAUGGACGAUCCGGUUUUGGUACUCAAUGA